AUGAAAAGAAGCACAUGGUUAUGUAAUGUGGAUAAAACCUUGCUUAACAGAACUUUUGUUCGAAGUUCUGUGUUGGGAACACUGAGGUGUCCUGAAACUAGAACAGAUGCGUCUCCAAAAGUUGAAGACUUUAAUCUCUCUGGUCAAGAAGUAAAAGAUUUUUAUGAAUCACUUACACAGUGCGUAACUCAAAAGUUGGAAUACUCGUCACUUGGUUCAAAUUUAUAUAAAUGUUCCGUAUGUGGUGGAUCUUAUAGUGAUUUUAAGAAACACGUUUCAUCCAUUGGUCAUCAAAUGGCUGAGAUGUCAGAAAAAAGUUACCAACUUUUAACUAGAAUAGGUUGGCGUGAUGGUGCCCUCGAUCCAGGAUAUGAAGAACUGAAGACUUCGAAAGUACUGUCUGGCAUUUCAACUAACGAGUAUAAAUCACGUUUCUGCAUUAAAAAUGGCGGUUUAGGUGCUUCCAGACAAGGUCGACGCUUUCCUGUAGCAACUGUUUUAAAACGCGAUCGUCUCGGUUUUGGAUGGCCGAAUAAAACAAAUACUGCAAGAAUUACACAUUUCAGCGCAGGUGAUUCAAAAGCAGUUGAAUAUCCCAAAGAUGUGGGACGACUUCGUCACUCAUCCAUUAAAAUGGACUCGAAAUAUAUGAUAAGGAAAAUGAAUUUAGAAAAGAAGAAAGAACGUAUUAUAAGACAGGGGUUUAAUUUGACUGAUGAACAGUUAGCUUUGCUCUAUGACAAAUGA